AUGGCCCGGAAUUGGGAAGUUGCCGGUGUUACACCCCUGCGCCGAGACAGAUCACCUGUGCCUGUGAACGUAACGGACGGACUUUCAGCUAUUCCACACAAGAUGGCGGUGACAAAUUACAGUCGGUUGUUAAUAAUACUCGCUAUAGCCCAGUGUGGCGUUGCGACCGAUCUUUUAAGAUCGAAAAGACAGACUGGUCCUGGCAGCAUCUUCACAGUGGGUAACGGUGAGCAGUGUUUGGGAGCUGACAGGUCGACCGGUGGAGUCUGCUUAUCUAGGAACCAAUGUAACACGCAAGGAGGGAAAGCGAUUGGGUUCUGUGGAGUGUUCGCUACUUGUUGCUCUUUGAACGCGUGCGACAUAAGAACUAACACUAAAGUAGCAGUCUUCAUCAAUCCACCCUUAAGCAAAGAGUCUUCGGGCCUAGAAUGUUCUUACAACAUCGAGAUAAACAAUAACAAUGUGUGUCAAAUGAGAAUCGAUUUUGAAACCUUCAACUUGGCUCCACCAACUACUAUCGAAGAAGUAGAAAACGUAACUCACCGCCCGGGAUACACCUGCAAGAACGAUAUCUUUCAAGUGACCAAUCUGCACGCCAACUCUGACGUCCUGCCGUCUCUAUGUGGAGACAACAGUGGACAGCAUAUGUAUGUAAGAGUGAACGCGACAACCAACAGUAGGUCCAUUCGUCUAAACUUCAAGCUGGCGGACCGCGUAUCGCAGCCGAACUUACCGCAGGCCACGUGGAAGAUUAAAGUGACACAGCUAGAAUGCUUCAAUACUCUGGGCAAAUAUCGUGAUGGUUUAUUGGACGCUAUAACCGCGUCUCUACCGGCUACUCCCUUCACUUCAACUGCAGACAGAGACGAGUAUUUAAUUGCUCCCCCUGGAUGUUUGCAAUAUUAUCCAGACCGCGCGGGUUCCUUCGAGUCCUUCAACUACAACCGAGGCGCGGGCCCCUACAUCGCUAACUUGGCGUACGCCACUUGCUUCAGGCGGACUUCCGACGUGUGUGGCAUUAAGUUAACAGCAGCCAGCUUCGACAUGGCGUACCACGACGACUCAAACCUAUAUCUAGACACGGACUGUCAGGCGAACCCCGUGACACAAGGAGCCGCGCAGUCUGAAGACUACUUGUUCGUGCCAGAAGCAGAAACUGCUGAUGGAUUGAGAGGAUCCAAGUUUUGUGGUUCAAGCGCUGCUAAUCAAAUCAUUGCUUCCACGCCCUCCGCACCCCUGUACGUGCAAUUUAAGAGUGACAAUUUAGUAACUAAGGAUGUGAAUGAAGCUGGAUACCGUUUCAAUUACAACGUAUUAAAUAAUUGCUACAUUAAGAAA